AUGACAUUGUGCUGUCAGAGAGAAUUGAGGUUGCUUUUAUAUUACGUGCAGCAACACGGGUUAGCUGAGCGAGUUGACUCGGGAGCUCGUCCAUAUCGUCUUCUCGACUGCUCCGCAAAGGGCGACAAAGAAGGAGUAAUACAGGAGCUAGAAAAAGGAGUAAAGCUCAACCUGUCGGAUUACGACAAGAGGACGGCGCUGCAUUUAGCAUCCUCCGAGAAUAGGCCCGACAUUGUUGUCCUGCUUCUUGAGAAAGGAGCUGAUGUCAACUCCACUGAUCGUUGGGGACGAACUCCACUGUCAGAUGCUCGUGAAUUUGGGCAUACCAACAUCUGCAAGAUUCUUGAGGCACAUGGUGGAACUGAUCCGAUGGGAAAAACACAGAGCCAAUGCUGUGAGAUUGAUGAGGAAGAGGUGAACAUGAGGGAUAAGAUUCUCAUUGGAGAAGGUGCAUAUGGUGAAGUUUUUCUAGUUGAGUGGAGAGGCACAAAAGUUGCAGCAAAAACCAUUCGCCCCGCCAUUGCUUCGAACCCAAUAGUGAAGAAAAACUUUCUCAUGGAACUUGGGUUAUGGCAAAAACUACGUCAUCCCAACAUAGUUCAAUUCCUCGGUGUUCUAAGGGACGCUGAUCAACUUGUCCUAUUAACCGAGUAUUUGCAAAAUGGAAGCUUAUAUGACCUAUUAAGAAAGAAAGGGAAACUUGAAGCAGAGACCGCUAUUUCAUAUGCUCUAGACAUAGCAAGAGGUAUGAAUUAUCUCCAUCAACACAAACCUCAUGCUAUAAUCCACAGAGAUUUAACACCUAGAAACGUGUUGCAGGAUGAAUCAGGACGGCUUAAAAUCACAGAUUUUGGGCUAAGCAAAAUUGCCCAGGAAAAAGACUCUCAGGUCUAUAAAAUGACUGGAGGGACUGGAUCAUAUCGUUACAUGGCCCCAGAAGUAUACCGGCGAGAAUCAUAUGGAAAGAGUGUGGAUGUAUUUUCCUUUGCACUUAUUGUUCAUGAGAUGUUCCAAGGAGGUCCAGCAAAUUGGGAGGAUGCCCCAGAGCAAGUAGCAGACAAGAGAGCAUAUGAAGACUCUAGACCACCCCUGGCUUCCUAUAUAUACCCUGACCCAAUCAAGCAGCUGCUAAGAGAAUGCUGGCACAAGAACCCGGACCGAAGGCCAUCAUUUGAAGAAAUAAUAAUAAGGCUAGAGAACAUACAAAAUGACAUGAAUCAAAGAAAAGGCAUAGGACCUUGUUGUAACUGCGUUAUAUCAUGAGAUAACGUUGUUUGUCUUUAGUUUGUUUGUGCAUUUUGUUGAUGCUGACGAUAACUAUAAAAUAAUAAAGCGAAGCUCGACCAUAGUCUUGGAUCUGAUAAA